AUAACAACAUAAAAAAUUUUAAAAAAUUGAAGUCUGAGCGUUAAGGAAGUAUGCCCUCCCUUCCACAGAAACCAGGACAUGUCUCCAAACCCUGCAACACCACGUCGCCGCGCACGCCAUGGUUAAGGCCUUUAUUUAUGCAGUGAAGUCCCGAAGCGCUGAGCUUCUGAGCGUAUUUAGGAUAUCGUCUCAAACGGAGUCCUCGGAGAUUGUUUCAUUCCAAACUUAGAAGCCACAAGGAAGAGAGAGGGGGCAGCGAUUUUCACCUCUGGAGUAAUCAAACAUUCAGAAUAUGGCAAUUGACUGUCUGGUUUUGGGGGCGGGGCAAGAGGUGGGGAAGAGUUGCGUGGUGGCGACGAUUAAUGGAAAGCGGAUAAUGUUUGACUGCGGCAUGCACAUGGGCUUCCUGGAUCACCGCCGCUAUCCUGAUUUCUCGAUGAUCUCCCCGUCUGGAGAUUUCACUACUGCCCUAUCUUGCAUCAUUAUCACCCAUUUCCACUUGGAUCAUAUAGGAGCUCUUCCAUAUUUCACUGAAGUUUGUGGGUAUAAUGGGCCAAUUUACAUGACGUAUCCCACAAAAGCUCUGGGUCCACUAAUGCUGGAAGAUUACCGUAAAGUAAUGGUUGAUAGGAGGGGAGAAGAAGAGCAAUUUACUGCUGAAAAUAUCAUGGAAUGCAUGAAGAAAGUUAUAGCGGUGGACGUGAAGCAGACCGUGCAAGUUGACAACGAUCUACAGAUUCGUGCAUACUAUGCGGGACAUGUCCUUGGAGCUGCAAUGUUCUAUGCAAGGGUAGGAAAUGCCGCUAUGGUAUAUACAGGAGAUUACAACAUGACACCUGACCGACAUCUUGGGUCUGCUCAAAUUGACCGGCUGCAGUUGGACCUCGUAAUUACUGAGUCGACUUAUGCAAAUACAUUUCGUGAUUCAAAAUAUGCUCGUGAAAGAGAGUUUCUGCAAGCAGUUCACAGUUGUGUUGCUGCUGGGGGGAAGGUGCUAAUUCCAACAUUUGCCCUGGGCAGAGCUCAGGAAAUAUGUAUGCUCCUCGAUGACUAUUGGGAGCGUAUGAAUCUUAAAGUUCCUAUUUAUUUUUCAGCAGGUUUGACUGUCCAGGCUAACAUGUAUUACAAGAUGCUCAUUAACUGGACCAGCCAAAAGGUGAAAAGCACAUCCACCAUAUGCAAUGCAUUUGAUUUUAAAAAUGUAUGCAGUUUUGAUCGGUCGCUCAUUAAUGCUUCUGGGCCUUGUGUACUCUUUGCUACUCCGGGAAUGAUAAGUGGAGGGUUUUCUCUUGAAGUUUUUAAGCAGUGGGCUCCGUGUGAAGAUAACCUCAUUACACUUCCUGGAUAUUGUGUAGCCGGAACCAUAGGGCAUCAACUAAUGUCAGCUAAAAUACCCACCAGAAUUGGUAUGGAAGGAGGGACCUAUGUUGAUGUUCGCUGUCAGAUCCAUCAGCUGUCGUUCAGCCCACAUACUGAUGCCAAGGGAAUUAUGGAUUUAGUGAGAUUUCUUUCCCCCAAACAUGUCAUACUUGUACAUGGAGAAAAACCAAAGAUGGCUUUACUAAAGGAUAGGAUUCAAUCCGAAUUGCAAAUCCAGUGUUAUGAUCCUGCAAAUAAUGAAACAGUGUGUGUCCCUACUACUCACUGCAUACAAGUGGAUGCAACAGAUGCCUUUCUCAAAAGUGUCUUAACCCCAAAUUUCAAGUUUCUAAACACAAGUUCAUCAACGCCUUCCGGUCCAAAUAAUACCGACACGAGACCCAAUCCCCUGUUGCAAGUAUGCGAUGAUAGGGUUGGUCAAGGGGUACUAGUUAUCCGAUCCAACCAGAAACCGACCGUUGUGCAUGAGAGUGAAGUGAGGGCAAUGCUUGUAGCCGAAACCCAUGAAGUGAGAUUCGGUUACUGUUUUCCCAUACGCGUGCGUUCAUCUCAUGAUGCUGCCAUCAACUACUGUGGCGAACAACAAAAUCAGGGAUUCAAGCAGAGUUGGCUCCAGUUAUUGUAUGCAGAGUUGUCAAGAGGACUCAAAGAUUUUGUUGUUCUGAACAAUGGGGAUGAUCUUCGAGUAGAAUCAUUUGUGGUCAUCGUUUGUUCGAAAGAAAAAUGCCCAAACAGGUUUGCACAGAGCUCAGCCAAGGUGGUACAUUUCUGCUGCACUUGGUCACUGGUAGAUGAGAAGCUUGCUUGGAGAAUCAUCUCAGUCAUGAAGAAUUUGGAGCUGUAAGUCUGUAAAUGAGUCCAUUUUAGUCGAAUUUUUUCUCCCUCUUAAAAAAAGAUUCGUGUUUGAAAGUUAAUGUCCAAAAAGCUCAUAUUCUAACAAGAGCAUGACUGGUCUUGAGAACCAGCCCAAUUUUUCCUUGAAAAAAAAGUCAUGAAGAUUAUUGCAGUUUGUUUUUAUAAUUUUCAGCUAUUUGUACUGAAUAAUUAUUCUGUUGACUU